UUCUCUCUCUCCCCCUCUCGCUGUCACGGUGAGCCCAGGGCGAGAGAAAAACGAGCGUUCCUUCUUUGACCGGUACAACCCAUAUAACCAAUAUCCUUCUUAGUGGGUUCUCAGCUCUCUAAUUUUCUGCAACCCUUGAAGAAGAUCUACCUCUCAUCACACAGUUGUUUAUCUGGUUCUUGCGAAUGGGAAUAUAUUUUGUGGUCGAUUUAUGAUGUUGGAGGUUCACAUACUAGUUUGUAAAGAUGCCGAACAUACCAGUCAACAAUUGAAGAAAGUUAUUGUCAUUUAGGUCGGUGUAGUUUAUGGCUGGUGCACUAGCGAGCAUGAGGUUGAAUUACAGACCUGUUAUUGCAUCUAUCUUUGGCUGCUUUUUAUUGAGUAGCAGUCUUUGUUAUUGUAUUCAGAGUGACAUUGACUGUCUAAAAUCUGUAAGGGAGUCUUUGGAAGAUCCUCUAGGUUACUUAGAUUCUUGGAAUUUUAAUAAUAAAACCGAAGGUUUCAUCUGUAGAUUUAUUGGGGUUGACUGCUGGCAUCCCGAUGAGAAUAAGGUUCUGAAUAUCCGGCUUUCAAACAUGGAGCUCGGGGGAAAGUUUCCGGUUGGUCUUCAUAUGUGUGAAGCUAUGACAGGGUUAGAUCUUUCGAGCAAUAAGAUCAAUGGGUCUAUUCCGGCUAACAUCUCCAAAAUCGUCGGUUAUUUGACUACCCUUGAUCUCUCCUCCAACAGAUUUUCAGGAGAGAUCCCUUUGAACCUUGCGAAUUGCACAUACCUGAAUGUUAUUAAACUCGACAACAACCAGUUGACGGGUCAAAUUCCCCUACAAAUUGGUCAGCUUGCUCGAAUGAAGGACUUUAGUGUAGCAAAUAAUCGUUUGAUUGGGCAAGUUCCACAGUUUGGUAACUACAGUGUUCCUGCCGAAAACUAUGCCAAUAAUUUAGGGCUCUGUGGUGCUCCUUUGGACAAAUGCAAGGCUCCAUCAAAGAAAACAAGCUCCGGAGUCAUUGCUGGUGCCGCUGUUGGUGGGGUGAGUCUCGGCAUUAUAGGCUUGGCUGUUGCCAUGUACUUCAUCUUUCGUAGGGCGUCCCGGAAGAGGAAGGAAGACGAUCCGGAUGGUAAUAAAUGGGCAAAGAGUAUUAAGGGCGCCAAGGCCAUCAAGCUUUCUAUGUUCGAGAAGUCUGUUUCAAAAAUGAGAUUAAGCGAUCUCAUGCAGGCGACUGACAACUUCCACAAGUGCAACAUCAUCGGGUCUGGAAGAACAGGGACUUUUUACAAGGCGGUGCUUGCAGAUGGCACGUCUCUCAUGGUUAAGAGAUUGCAAAAUACUCAGCACUCGGAAAAAGAAUUUGAAUCCGAGAUGGCGACUCUCGGAGCUGUGAGGCACCGGAACAUGGUUCCUCUUUUAGGAUAUUGCAUGGCUAAGCAAGAAAGGCUGCUGGUCUACAAGUACAUGUCAAAUGGAACUCUUAACAAUAAGUUGCAUUUUCUGAAUGAAGGAGAGGAGCCGUUAGAUUGGACUUUGAGGCUAAAAAUCGGGAUUGGGGCAGCCAAAGGAUUUGCUUGGCUUCACCACAGCUGCAAUCCCCGGAUUCUCCACCGAAACAUCAGCUCUAAAUGCAUCUUAUUGGACGCUGAUUUCGAACCCAAGAUAUCUGAUUUUGGGCUCGCAAGGCUCAUGAACCCGGUUGACACUCAUUUGAGCACAUUUGUGAACGGUGAAUUCGGGGACUUGGGUUAUGUUGCUCCCGAGUAUGCACGAACAUUGGUUGCCACGCCAAAAGGAGAUGUUUACAGCUUUGGCGUAGUACUGCUCGAGUUGGUUACUGGCGAGAGGCCUACCUACGCGAGCAAGGCCCCCGAGAGCUUCAAGGGAAGUUUGGUGGAAUGGAUCACCAUUCUUUCCGGUGAAUCCAAACUUCAAGAUUCAAUCGACAAAUCUUUGAUCGGAAAGGGCUAUGAUGCCGAGGUUCUCCAGGUUCUCAAGGUCGCCUGUCGCUGUGUGCUGCCAGCUGUCCCGAAGGAGAGGCCCUCAAUGUAUGAAGUGUACCAGCUUCUGAGAGCCAUUGGAGAGCAUUACCAUUUCACAACAGAUGAUGAUAUUUUGUUGUUGCCCACAGAGACCGAAGACGGUUUUCAACUAGAAGAACUGAUCGUUGCCCGAGAGACAUAACUGCUUGUUGAAAAAGGUAAGUAAAGACAGUAGUAGUAACUGGAUGGAACCAUAUAAUGUAUGUAAUUAUGUGUUACAGAUGCUCCUAAAAUAAUUCCUUAGAUCGCGAACAAUUUUCUGUAAUUUUUGGUUUUUUCAUUCCACUCAAAUUUUUAUACUACACUACUUUGUCAAUCUAUUCAGGUUAUGAUUUAUGGUAUAUGUGUUAUGUUCCCCACA